GUUCAUACAACUUGUAAGUUUUAACUAAAACAAGCUAAGUGCAAUAUUAUUCCUCACGUCCGAGAUGUGUAAUCCCACUAAAGACGAUGUCUCUAGCCAAAGCGGUUUCGUGCGUAAGGAAAAGAGAGCUUAUUUUCAGAGAUAUUGGACGUGGGCCGAUGUAGCAAGAGCGCUAACCGUUACGAUUGUUCACUUUUUGUGUCUCCUGGCGCCAUUAUACUACAAAUGGGAAGCGUUACGGUUCGGUUUGAUUCUCGUCUCAGUGACUAACCUGCUCGUCACAUUCUCGUACCACAGGAACUUGGCUCAUCGGAGCUUUAAACUCCCAAAGUGGCUUGAAUAUCCUAUUGCUUACGCUGCUGUUUUCGCUCUUCAGGGUGAUCCAUUGGAUUGGGUGAGCAUACAUAGGUUCCACCACCAGUUCACAGAUUCAGAUCGAGACCCACAUAGCCCUAAGGAAGGAUUUUUGUUCAGCCAUGUCAUGUGGAUAUUUGACACACUUUAUAUAAAAUAUAAGUGUGGUGGACGUAACAACGUGAUGGACUUGAAGCAGCAAUGGUUCUAUAGGUUUCUACGCAAGACGAUUGGUUUCCACGUCUUAAUGUUUUGGACCGUUCUCUAUCUCUACGGUGGUUUACCUUACCUUACUUGCGGCGGGGGCGUUGGAGGUGUGCUAGGGUAUCACGUGACAUGGCUUGUAAACUCAGCAUGCCAUAUUUGUGGUUCGAGGUCGUGGAAAACUAAAGACACAUCUCGUAAUGUUUGGUGGCUAAGCUUAUUUACGAUGGGAGAGAGUUGGCACAACAACCACCACGCGUUUCAGUCAUCGGCGAGGCAAGGAUUGGAGUGGUGGCAGAUAGAUAUCACUUGGUACCUCAUUCGACUACUUGAGGUUUUCGGAUUAGCCACCGAUGUGAAAUUGCCUUCGGAAUACCAAAAACAGAAGUUGGCUCUCGCUGGUUGAUGUUAUUUCAAGAUUUGAGUUAUUCACAUGAGAAACAAGGCAGAAAUUUAUUUAAAGAGUAAUCUAAGUUAUAUAGUAAAAACGAUUAGAAUUACAGUAUUCAUAUAAGUUGAGAAUAAACUUAUUUUCGAGAUUAUGGUUGUUUUCCAAAACAGGUGAAUGUUUACUUCUGUCUUAAUAGUAGACUUAAAAAUGUAUUUUAUCAAGUACUGUAUUCUUAAAAAUCAUUAGUUUGAUGUUUGUUUUUAAAUAAAUAUUUGCAUCUUGUUUAGUCUC